CGUGAGCGCGGAGAGUACAACCGUAGUGGCGUGGGCGGGGCUUGUGCCUUGCGCUUGACAGGCAGACGUUGGAGGACCGGUGACGUACACGAGCGCGCGACGGCGCGCAGAGACGGUUUCUUCUGCUUCGGCGGCGUCCUCUGUCCCUCGGCCGGAGGGGGAGGGGCGGGAAAGCGGUUGAGGCGACAGCACUUGGGACAUGUGAACAUCUCGCUCUCCAGAGAGCCUUCCAAGCAGGUACCUGCCUUGGCGUUCCUCUGCAGAUGGGCACCAACGACCUUCUGAACAACACUUGGCGCAGGCAACAUGAGAGACUUGGAACUGAUCCUUCUGCCCCAGAAAAGACUAUAGUGCUGCAGGCAGCUGAUUUUUCCUCAAAGGCAGGGCAAGAUAAGGAAUUUGACUCAGCCUUGAAAAGAGACUUUUUAUGCAUUUGACUGCUCAGAGAGACUUUAUCCUUCCGGUUUUCCAUAAGCUGUUUGUGAGCGCUUCUCUGCUUCCCUUUGUUCAGCUUCCAUAACCUGGCAUUCUUCAACCAAGUGUUGUAUAGCUUGUCUGCCCUCACUGGUUCUGUUUAUGCUGUGGCCUGUUUCUAGUGUGGAUCAUGGGAGCUCUGGGCCACUCCGUGUCCUCUGCAGGAAAGCUUUGAACUUGGAAAUGGAGUCUAUAACAGGCCAGGGACCUGUAUGCACAAAGCUGUUGAUUAACAGGAGAACUGGCUGACUGCCCCCAAGUGGCCUCUUUCUGCCUGGUCCUGGCCGUCCCUCUCCCGCUCACCAUGUUUCUACUCCUGCCCUUUGACAGCCUGGUGGUUAACUUGCUGGGCAUUUCCCUGACAGUCCUUUUCACUCUGCUGUUGAUUUUCAUUAUCGUGCCAGCCAUCUUUGGGGUUUCCUUCGGCAUUCGCAGACUUUAUAUGAAAACCUUGUUGCAGAUAUUCCAGUGGGCGACUCUGAGGAUUGAGCGAGGUGCCAAAGAGAACAACCACCCACUUUACAAGCCCUAUGCCAAUGGUAUCAUUGAAAAGGAGCCCACUUCACUGGAGGAGGAGAUCAAGGAGAUCCGGCGGAGCAGUAGCAACAAGGCCCUGGAUGCUCCCGAGUUUGAGCUUUCUGACAUCUUCUAUUUCUGCCGCAAGGGCAUGGAGACCAUCAUGGACGAUGAGGUGACCAAGCGCUUCUCAGCGGAAGAGCUGGCGUCCUGGAACCUUCUGAGCAGGACCAAUUACAACUUCCAUUACAUCAGCCUGCGGCUCACAGUGCUGUGGGGAAUGGGCGUCCUCAUUCGCUACUGCUUUUUGUUGCCACUCAGAGUCGCCCUGGCUUUCACCGGCAUUAGCCUCUUAAUAACUAGCACUACAAUGGUGGGCUACUUGCCCAAUGGAAGGUGCAAAGAGUUCCUGAGCAGGCACGUCCACCUGAUGUGCUAUCGGAUCUGUGUGCGAGCCCUCACAGCUAUCAUCACUUACCACCACCGGGAAAACCGACCCCGCAAUGGAGGUAUCUGUGUAGCUAAUCACACAUCUCCUAUUGAUGUCAUAAUUCUGGCCAGUGAUGGCUACUAUGCCAUGGUGGGCCAGGUUCAUGGAGGACUCAUGGGGAUGAUCCAGAGGGCCAUGGUGAAGGCAUGUCCCCAUGUGUGGUUUGAACGGUCGGAGGUUAAAGAUCGUCAUCUGGUAGCCAGAAGACUAUCAGAGCAUGCUCACGAUAAAAAUAAAUUACCCAUCCUCAUUUUCCCAGAAGGCACUUGCAUCAACAACACAUCUGUAAUGAUGUUCAAGAAAGGAAGCUUUGAAAUUGGUGCCACUGUUUAUCCUGUUGCCAUCAAGUAUGACCCCCAGUUUGGAGAUGCCUUUUUCAAUAGCAGCAAGUACGGCAUGGUGACCUAUUUGCUCAGGAUGAUGAGCAGCUGGGCAAUCGUCUGUAGUGUCUGGUAUUUGCCUCCGAUGACUCGGCAGGCUAAUGAAGAUGCUGUGCAGUUUGCCAACCGGGUUAAAUCCGCCAUUGCUCGGCAGGGGGGCCUUGUGGAUCUCUUGUGGGAUGGAGGUCUAAAAAGGGAGAAGGUGAAGGACACGUUCAAGGAGGAGCAGCAGAAGCUCUACAGCAAGAUGAUUGUGGGCAACCACGAGGACCGAAGCCGCUCCUGAUCGUCUCGGCCGGUGGCAUGACCCACUGCCUCUGAACUCCUUCCAGCCCUGUCUUUUCAGGCCCGCCUGGAGCAGCGGGUUCUCCUUCAGGCUCCGGCUGUCUUUGACUUCAGCGGUCCCCCAGUGGUGCUGCCUCGGGGCUACUGAAAAAGAGGCCUUGUCUUAAAACUGUUGCCCAAACAGUAGCAUCCAAGGACUCUUUGCCAUGCUUCGGAGUGGCAGUUUGGGCUACCCGUAUUCAUAUGUGUGUGUGUGUGUACAUGCUGGAGAAUGCCUGUGUGUAUAUAUAUCUAUAUAAUGUGUGUGAGUGUGUUCAGGCUUCUCCAGUCUGGCUUGGAGCACAGCCAGACCAGACAAGCCCCUACUGCCAGCGACAGAUGCCUCCUGCAGAUUUUCUCCUGUUGCCGUCUCAGGGGAAAGACACCCAGAUCUUUUUGCCUCCUUUACCUCCCCUUCCUCAACUGCCUAUGGAUGCAUAGAUACACUUUGCAUUUUAUAAUUAAAUGAUACGGACGGAA